GUCGCCACCGGCGUUCUUCAAUUAAAUCCAAUCCACCACCAAUGGAUCGAGCUUCCCUCCUCCUCCUCCUCCUCUUCAUCACUACCGUCUCUAUCUUCUUCUUCGAUCUAACCACCGCCGAUGAGCUCAAUUUAACACCCGAAUCGCCGAUGAUUUUCCCUCUUAGCUACUCCUCCUUACCUCCCCGAGUCGAAGAUUUUCGCCGCCGCCGUCUUCAUCAAUCUCAGCUCCCUAACGCUCACAUGAAACUCUACGAUGACCUCCUCUCCAACGGCUACUACACUACACGAUUAUGGAUUGGAACACCACCACAAGAAUUUGCUUUGAUUGUUGAUACUGGAAGUACUGUUACUUACGUUCCUUGCUCUACUUGUAAACAGUGUGGGAAGCAUCAGGAUCCAAAGUUUCAACCUGAGUUAUCUAGUAGUUACAAAGCUUUGAAAUGUAAUCCUGAUUGUAAUUGUGAUGAUGACGGGAAGUUAUGUGUUUACGAAAGACGGUAUGCUGAGAUGAGUUCGAGUAGUGGGGUUUUAAGUGAGGAUUUGAUAUCUUUUGGUAAUGAGAGUCAGCUUACUCCGCAACGAGCUGUUUUCGGAUGUGAGAAUGUGGAAACUGGUGAUCUUUUUAGCCAACGUGCUGAUGGUAUAAUGGGAUUGGGUCGUGGUAAGCUUAGUGUUGUAGAUCAGCUUGUUGAUAAGGGUGUUAUCGAGGAUGUGUUUUCGUUGUGUUAUGGAGGAAUGGAAGUUGGUGGUGGUGCUAUGGUACUUGGGAAAAUAUCUCCUCCAGCUGGAAUGGUGUUUUCGCAUUCAGAUCCUUUCCGCAGUCCGUAUUACAACAUUGACCUGAAACAAAUGCAUGUUGCUGGAAAGUCUCUAAAGCUAAACCCAAAGGUCUUUAAUGGAAAGCAUGGAACCGUCUUGGAUAGUGGAACAACAUAUGCUUAUUUUCCCAAGGAAGCAUUUAUUGCCAUAAAGGAUGCGAUCAUUAAGGAAAUUCCAUCUCUCAAACGGAUCCAUGGCCCAGACCCAAAUUAUGAUGAUGUUUGUUUCUCUGGCGCUGGAAGGGAUGUGGCUGAGAUACACAAUUUUUUUCCUGAGAUCGAUAUGGAAUUCGGAAAUGGUCAGAAACUGAUUCUUUCUCCCGAGAACUACUUAUUCAGGCACACUAAAGUUAGAGGCGCAUACUGCCUUGGAAUCUUUCCUGAUAGAGACUCAACAACACUCCUUGGAGGAAUUGUUGUCCGCAAUACUCUUGUCACUUAUGAUCGUGAGAAUGAUAAGCUCGGGUUUCUGAAGACCAACUGUUCUGAUCUAUGGAGGAGGCUGGCGGCACCAGAAUCUCCUGCACCUACUUCACCAAUUUCCCAAAAUAAAAGUUCUAACAUUUCCCCAAGCCCUGCUAAAAGCGAGUCUCCUACCACUGAUCUUCCAGGUGUUUUACGGGUUGGAGUUAUUACCUUCGAAGUGUCAAUUAGUGUGAACAAUUCUUCAUUGAAGCCCAAGUUCUCAGAGAUCGCUGAUUAUAUUGCCCAUGAUGGAAAUGAGUAUCGCUUGAAAUGGGGAGUCUUUCCCCCACAAUCAUCCGAGUACAUUUCCAAUACUACGGCAUUGAACAUAAUGUUGCUUCUGAAAGAAAACCGAUUGCGCCUACCUGGACAAUUUGGAAGCUACAAGUUACUAGAGUGGAAAGCUGAGCAAAAGGCAAAACAGAGCUGGUGGGAGAAACACUUACUCGGGGUGGUGGGAGGAGCGAUGAUAUCGUUGCUUGUUACUUCUGUGAUGAUCAAACUUGCAUUGGUGUGGAGACGGAGAAAGCAAGAAGAAGCUACGUAUGAGCCUGUAAAUGCUACUAUUAAAGAACAAGAACUUCAGCCUCUCUCCUCUGACACAUCUAAUGCUUGAGCCUCCCCAUCACUCAGAGUCUCUAUACAUCUCUCUCUUUAUCUAUAUUUAUAUAUUUGAUAGAAAGAAAUCAAACCCCAGAACACAGGAAACAACAUUCCUCAAAUUAAAGACACUUUUGAUUU